CGCCAUUACUGUGAGUUGUUCGUUUAAUAAGUAGUUGUUGAUAAAAUCAUAAUUCCACUCUUAUUUCACAUCCUAAUUAGAAGAAUUAUAAAUUGUUCGGUGUUAUUCUUUAUAUCUAUCUCCUUUAAAACCAGUGGUGCCAGUAUUUUUUAUAAUAUAAGUUGUACCGGCAGGACUAGGUGGAAUUACGUUCCCUACAGGAAUUCUUGCAGUGGUUACGAACAUUUCGUCAAGAUUUUUACCACCGAAGGCUAUCGAGCGUCGUUGAAAAAAUGAAUCCCAAAGUGGAAUUAUUGGAGGAUAUUCCUUCCGUUGAAUUGGGGGAAGGACCGCACUGGGACGUCGAUACUCAAUCUUUAUUUUUCGUGGAUAUAUUUGGUCACUCUAUACAUAAAUAUACACCGUCCACUAAAAAACACUCCAAAGCUAUAAUAGAUUUGCAUAAAACCUCUCCAGACGAUAAAUAUGAUAAAAUAAAUAUGGUGAGUUUGAUCGUUCCGAUCAAAGGAGAAAAAGACAAAUUCAUCGUUAGCGUCGACAGAGAAUUGUUGAUCGUCACUUGGGAUGGCAUCGCCGAAAAACCAUCGAAUUACCAAAAAUUAUACGAAGUAGAUAACGAGAGAACAGAACUUCUCACGAAUAGGUUCAACGACGGAAAAUGCGAUCCUUCUGGAAGAAUUUGGGCCGGUACGAUGGGUGAAGAACGAGUGAACGGUCAACCGGUACGAGGAAGAGGAUCUCUUUAUUCGUUCGAAAAUAAAACUGUAACGAAACGCCUCGGUCAAAUAGGCAUUUCGAACGGACUAGCCUGGAACGAAGAACUUAAAAAAAUGUACUACAUCGAUACGUUCAAAGUUUGCGUCGAGGAGUACGAUUUCGACAUUAGAACCGGCAACAUGUCUAACGGUAAACCGAUUUUCGACCUGGAUAAAAACAAAAUAGGAGGAUUUCCCGAUGGAAUGGCGAUCGAUACCGAUGGAAAUUUAUGGGUGGCGGUAUUCAACGGGUAUAAAGUCAUUAAAAUCGAUCCCAGGAAACCCGAAACGCUUUUAACGUCGAUCCCGAUACCGGCUAAACAAGUUACGUCGGUGGCUUUUGGAGGGGCGAAUUUAGACGAGUUGUACGUGACGAGCGCCCGAUUCGCGAUCGAUGGAGUGGUGCUUCCGCCGCCGCAACACGGGGGUGUUUACAGGGUUACGGGGCUGGGGGUUAAGGGGUAUCCGGGAGAUGCGGCGGUUUUGUGAAAUGAAAAUCCGAGUAAAUUCAUAAUAUAACUUUUAAUAUUUCGAAUAAUAAUAUUAAUAAAAUGAUAUUUAUAUAAAUGUUAUUAACUAUAAAAAAAAAAUCACACAUAUACCGUCUCUUUGGAAAUAAUUAAAAAAAGAGCAAUGGAAAUAGUGGCGGGUUGAUUGGAAAAUAAAUUCAUGCAAAUUGGAA